CUUCACUUCGCAGUUCGCCGUCGCCGUCAUGAGGAGCAUUGUCGUCGCCGUUCUGUCGUUGAUUCUUUCAGCUGCGAUCGUCACAGUAUCCGGACAGGAUUCGGAAGCAUUAGUCGAAUACUGCGCACAGCCACAAAAUCGAGAAGUCUGUGAACAACUGCUAGCUUCACUGAUAGCCGAAGAACAGGACGCUCUACCACAGAUUGACAAGCGAAAACCAUCGUUUGUUCGAUUUGGCAAACGAGCACUCGUCCUCGAAAAGCGAAAGCCAAGCUUUGUACGAUUUGGACGAAAGUGAGAAAACACACUGACGCAACUAUGAUCGAGAAUUUAGCGACAUUUCCUUUAGUAUCGAGUGUUUAACAUCCUGUAUUCUGACUCGUUACCAUUGCCUAUUCUUGAUUGAAACAAGCAAAUUCAGAUCUCAAUAUCCACUCAGCUUUAGAUUAUCGCAAUGUGCAUUAUGCAGGUUUUUUUUGAACUCCUUCAUGGCCCAUUACACAUCACGAGGCGAAAAUUUGUGACGACUUCAUUUGUUAUAAAAACAAGAAACGAGUGC